GCACACGAAAGGGAAAGGAAACAGCGACUUCUCCAUUCCAAAAUCCCCUCGCGCCCUCUCUUAGCAUUAACGUCUGUUUGAUCGAUCGGAAGCUCUGAGACGUUUACUUCUCGGUUUUCAGGGUUUCUCGGUUGAUUUUUGACUUUCCCUUCCCGUAGAGCCCGCUGUUAACCGUGAGUAAUUGGCUUCGCGUGAAAUCCCAGGCGCCAGAUUUAUCGAGCCCGACUGCACAAAGUUGAUCGGCAAGCUAGCUAGCUAGCCACCUAGCUAACUCUUAGCUAGCUUACUUGCUAACUAGCUUGCAGUGCUGGUCCGGGAGUCUGGAUUUUACCUCCUGUCAUCCGGCUGCCACUGGAUAUUCCUCCUACAAUCUGAAGGGCAUCUGUGGCAGGUUUUAGUGCGAUAAGUCGGUUGUUUCUAGCUAGCGUGGUCGAGAUAGCCUGCUAGCUAAUACCCUGCGUAUUUAGCCUGGAAGCCAGUUCAAGGCCUCAGUCCAGCACCACCAUCAGCUGCCACUACCACCGGAAUAUUUGCAUUGCCGUGCAGUCAGAGUUGACAGCUUACUUGGUGACACAGAGACUUCUCCCUGAGGAGCCAAGAAGCAGACGGCUCAUGACUUCUGACCAGGACACGAAAGUUGUAGCUGAACCACAGGUGCAGCAAGUACAAGAGGCAAAAGAGAACUCUCAUUUGGAAUCCGCCAAGGUUUCAGACCUCAACCCCAAUGCGAAAGCAUGGGCCAACCACAUGUUUAGCCUGGACCCCAGUGGGAGUGCCGACACCACAACUGCUGCCCUGCAGCCAUGGAAGGAAGGCUGCGAUAGUUCGGCUGACCCCGGCCCAGAAGGCUAUGAAGCCAGUGAGGACAAGGCUUACAAGGAGCCCCUACUAACCGACCCAGAUGAGCCUCCACCGGUACCAGUGAUGCUGGCCGAACCAGCCCCCGUGACCUCCGUGACCCUGGAGUGCUCCGAGCCAACUUACACAGAAUUCCCAGAACCUGGGCAGCCUGGACACACAGCAGGCAGUGAAACCCAGCCAGAGAAUCCUCAGGAUGGCUUGAGGGAGCACCUGAAGAAAACACUGGAGUUCUGUCUUUCCCGGGAGAAUCUGGCCAGUGACAUGUACCUCAUCUCCCAGAUGGACAGCGACCAGUACGUGCCAAUAGUGACGGUGGCCAACCUGGACCACGUCAAAAAGCUGAGCACUGACGUCGAGCUGAUCGUGGAUAUUUUACGAUCUUUGCCAUUGGUCCAGGUGGAUGAGAAAGGGGAGAAGGUGCGGCCCAAUCAGAACCGCUGCAUUGUGAUCCUCCGAGAGGUUCCAGAGAGCACGCCCAUAGAGGAGGUUGAGGCUCUUUUUAAAGGGGACAACUUACCCAAGUUCAUCAACUGUGAAUUUGCCUACAACGACAACUGGUUCAUCACCUUUGAAUCGGAAGCAGAUGCACAGCAGGCAUAUCAGUAUCUCCGUGAGGAGGUGAAGACCUUCCAGGGGAAGCCCAUUAAGGCAAGGAUAAAGGCGAAGGCAAUCGCUAUCAACACUUUCAUGCCAAAGAACGGUUACCGGCCGGUGGAGGUGAACCCGUAUGCCCAGCAGCGCUACACGUCCUACUACAUCCCCCCGGUUUACAGCCCCCAGCAGCAGUUCCCCCUCUACAGCCUCAUCACGCCGCAGGCCUGGUCCGCCACACACAGCUUCAUCGACCCCACACUGGUUGCACCAUUUCACAACAACCAGUUCAUUAACGGAUUCACCACAUCGCACAGUUUUAAACCAGCGACGUCUCCCCUCACUGUCAGACACUACUCACCCAGAAACAGGAAUCACAGUAAACCUCACCUGAGGCCGACGGUCCCCACUGCGGAUCGCAACACUGGGCUCCUGGACAGCCCCACCAUCUUUCCCAGCUUCCCCAGCGAGAGGCUGAAUGGGGUCCGCAGCAGUCCGCCGACACGGCUCCCCACCAGCCAACCCAGAACCAGGUUACCCUCCACUGCAGCCUUCCCCCGCAGGGACACUGUGGGCACGGGCAGAGUGACGGAGCCCACCACCACGGACUACUCCCUGGGCAUGGGCCGAGGAAGGAAAAAUGUUUCUGCUUCUAGGAAAAAGAGAGACGAAAAGUUUACAAGAGUGACGCCUCAGUCGCCGCCGCCUCCUCCCAAACCCCCGUCUCCGAGCUUUGAGCUGGGCCUCUCCAGCUUCCCCCCCCUGCCCGGAGCGGCCGGCCAGCUCAAGACCGACGACGUGUUCGACAGCCGGUUGGCCAGCAGCGUAGUGGUUGGAAACACCAAGGAACGGAAUGUAAGUGCUGAUUCCAGUACUGGAGGCGGAGCCCUGUCUCCCGCAGGCCCCAAAGAGCCCCUGCGGUCCUCCACCUCCCCAAUGCCCACAAGCUUCCAGCCCUCGCAGACCGCCACACCCCUGGCCUCGGCCUCGACGCUGACCCCGGCCACCGGACCGCCGCACAAUCCCGCUCCCUCCAUCCCAGCAGCAGAGAUGAAGGUGACGGAGGUGAAGCCGAAGGAGGUGCAGCUGUCGGUGGAGCGAGUUCCCGGCACUUUGUCCACUGCAAGCAAAUCAGUGCAAGUCAACGGUGCUGCCACAGAGCUGAGGAAACCCUCGUACGCAGAGAUCUGUCAACGGGUUAAAGACACACCGGCUUCACAGCAACCGCCGACCCCUAAGGAAGCCAAGCCAGCCUGCAUGGGCGAUGACAGGAAGUGCCCCGAAACCCCCAUCCCCACGGGGGAGGCCAAGACCCGAGAGACACACCCUCCCUCCUCCUCUUCAUCCUCCUCCUCUUCGUCCUCCAAACCCGGCUCGACGGCCGUCACCCCGGGCAGACCACCGCGGGAGGCUCGAAGGCCGGCAGGGCGAUGGGCCUCCCCUCCCCCGCACCCAGGGAAAACCUCCAGCAAAGAUCCCCAUCACACCCCACCCAAGUCCCCCCAGUAGGGCAACUGUGCGCCCCCUCCCACUACGCUCCACGGAGGCGUUAAAAAAGAAAAUAUAAGUCAGGGCUACUCGAUACUUCUAUCCCAGAAUCACCAGUCAAAACGAGCAUAGAGGACGCCUUCUUCUCUGGAUCAGGGCUUGCAGACAAAAAGCACUUUACUGUGCAUGUAGAGCACCGUUUCAUUCUUUAUUUUCUAUUUAUUUGCUUUUUUUUUUUUUGUUUAAAUUUUCCGUUUAUUUUUUUUCUCCUUUUUCACUUUUUGCAUUACGUCGUUGUGUCAGCCUGUCAGUUGGCACAGACAACACUGAAGUUUAUUCAUUCUGUCCAAACAGCCUUGUGGGAUUAAAUUAGUCUUGUGUGCGAAGCAGCAAUGGCAUUGUUGGAAGCCACCCCAGUGGAUGAUGGGAAAGAGCGCGUUACAACAGACUCCACCUUGUUCGGCUCUCAUAGUGGGGGGGUUUGUUUGCAUGUUGAGUGGCACAGUUGUGCAGCUUUAUGUAGCUCAAUUAUGGCUCAUAAUUAGCACAUGUUUGUUUUUCUGCGUCUUCGCUUCCAUAUGCAAGACGUGACAUCACAUCUCAUCAUGUUUGGUUUUCGUCGCCUGAUUCUUUGAGAUUUCGUUACACUAGUGAAUUUUUAUUUGUCGAUGUUCUUUCAGCAGCUCAGCUUUCUUCACAGUUACUGCUGGGGUACUUCCUCUGUAAAGAAUCACCUUCUUCUGCUGUUUUAUUUUUGAUCGUUUUCACUGCUAACUAAAGCUAGCUACGCUGCAGCAUAGCUCGUGUCGAUCGACUGAUGUGAGGUCGGGCAGAGAAGGCGACCGAAACAUCAGCCGACAGCGAUGGGAUGUGUUUUUAACCCGCCGCCGGCUGCCUCUGAGUUGUGAAGAAGUCAGAGAUGUGAACUUUUUUGACAAGUUAAGUAGAGCUAAAUUGCAUUUUUGAGAGAAGCGAAGGCGGGCUUGUACAGAGCUGACCUCACUUUUCAUUUCCCCUGAAACUGUGGAAUAAUCACAGAAGGCACAUACUGUUGAAAAGAUGCAGCGCAGGGUUCAGAUCUUUAAUUCCAGCCACUUUAAAUGCAGCUUAGUUGAAGUCAGACCGUGAGAUUCAGAUGAAACCUAUCAACUGGUGAAAGGCUGGAAGCAUCAUUGGAACAUCUGCAGACACCGUGGAUGCAUGGGGGGGGGGGGGGGGGGGGGGUGUCGUCGUUAGUGUUCAGAUGCAUUCACACAGCAGCAUGUUCCUCAUCAUUUAUUCUAGAUAUGGUGCUACAGUGACGUUAAAAACAAAAACCCUGGAAUCUCUUACUUAGAAAUACUUGAUUUACAUCUACAGAGCUUUGUUUGCACUGUUUCCACAGAUUUACAGGCAAAAGUAUCAGAUUAUUCUACCUGGAAGUUAAAAAGGGAAGCAUGUUUGAUGCAAAUCAGCCAACACAUCGCUAAAGCGUCUUCUUGGGGAAACCCGCAGAGUGAUGUACGUACGGCUGAAGUCAGAUUGGAUGGUGUUUUGAUGCAUUUUGAAGGUUUAUAGAAGUGCUUUGGUUGGGGUUUUGGCCCCUGAUUGUGGGUCUGUGAGGAUUUUUAUUCAAGUGCUGAAAACAGGAAGUGAGUGGUUGAUGAGACCGAGGAUAUUUUACCGAAUAAUGAUGGUGAAUGAGUGCGUUUUUCACCUCGAUGGGUGUCGAAGGCGGUUUUUCUUUAGCAGUUCUGAACUGAACGCCCUUAAAUCUGUUAACGUGUAAACAGGCAGACAAAGCGCAGGGAAGUUUGCGGCAGGAAUGCGAUCAGGGAAAAAUCCUCCUGGACAAUGAUGAUGAUGAUGAGCUCCUUUAUUGUUUUCCCUUCCUCUCCAUCGAGUCUUUUAUCACUAGAGUCGCUGGUCCCGUUGUGUUUUUGUGUCUGCAUGCUCCCUCAUCAGUCUGCUCGAGUUGAAGUUUGCACACUUUGAGUUUGAAACUGUUAAUAAAAAAAAAAGUAAAAAAAAAAGAUUGGCCAAAGCACAUGAUUGGUCUCGCAACUUCACCCCGGAGAUCAGACGCAGACACAGCGAUAGAUAUUUAAAGCACAGAGCGAAGGACACAGCCUUUAGAUCCUUCACUCAUAUGGUUCACAGUCGACCCCAGCAGAUCCAGGUCCAGAUUCAGAUCCAGAUUCAGAUGGAGGCGUUUGCAGACGUACGUGUUGAGGUGAAGUGGGACGAACAGAGCAAGGGGUUGGGUGGUCUGUCUUCUGUAGCAGCCACUUUGACAGACAACCCACCAUGCGGUUGGAGGUUUUACAAUAAUCUUAAACGAAACAGGGUUAAAUUAAGAGGCAUGGAAGGUUAAAACAGGGGAAAUCGGCUCGCCAGAUACAAAAGAGUGCGAUGUUCCUGUCGUGUGCUUGGGUUAAUCUUUUCAAGUUGUCACCUCAGAUGCAAAAGCCCCUGAUUAAACCACUGUACUUGACCUGUUUGGGGUUGAAACAGCCUACACAACCUGGGACCUUGCAUGUCCUGCCAAAGUCUUCCUGCAACAAAAAAAAAGCAUUCUGGGUAAUCUCACAAAGAGAAAACAGGAGCCAAUGUGCAGAAGGGAAAAAGCCUGUCCUCCUGGUCAUAGCUGCUUUUGAUUUGGACGCGAAAUCUUGAGUUUGCUCAAAAAUAAAGAUUUUUUUUUUUCCUUUUUUUUCUCUUCUUUUUUUCGAAGGACUGAGAUGCACUUGGAUGGGUUGAUUAUUAUUAUUAUUAUUAUUAUUAUUAUUAUUAUUAUUAUUUCCUUUUUUCUCAUCAGUGGAAAUGGUAAAAGAGCUGAAAAGGCACCAUAUCCACUUAUAUUUAUAAACCGAUGCUGUUUGUUCCAUGAGAAAUAUCAUUUUUCUUUUUAGGGAGAAGAAAAAAAAACAACAUAGAGAUGCAUCUCUAUAUAUAUAUACGCAAAAUGUAAAAAAUUUCCAUCCAGUGUUUGAGAAACUUGAAUUUUAUUUAAACUUGAAAAAUGACUUUGCCUUAACUUUUAUACAAGACAAGCAUAGAGUUUAUUUCUUUUGGAGAAAAAAAAAACCCAAAACGUUAACGAAGCGUGACUCGUGGAAAA